AUGUACUUUCUUUCAGAAAAUGGCCUCUUAAGCUAUGAAAACCCGAACUACCGUCUAGGUCCUUCGAACCGCUUGGACGAUGCCCUAAACUCGAACACCGAGAGCCUAUACGAAGAUAUUUACCAAGAGCUAGACGACAUCUGCAACAUGGGUCACGGAGUCAAAGGCUCCGUCACCACCAACGCCAGUAGAAAAGCUUACGCCGCUUUAGAUAUUACUUCCAUGGGGGUUGACAUUAACAAGGGACCUCUGACUCAAAAUUACGUGGAUAAUAGAAGUUUGUUCGAGAAAAUGACCAAAGAAGAUGAGAACGGCAUCCAACACAUCGUAGGUAAUAUAACAAAUGAUCUGUAUGCGGUACCAAUGAGAAAAUGUCAAAAGAAUAUAGACCAAAUAGACACAAAUAAUUCUCCCGAAAAGGAAUGGGAUAGUCAAAAUGAACUGCCACCCGGAUGGGAGAAACACGAAGGUAGAGUAUAG